GCAAACCAGGGUUCCGUGGUUGUAGGAAAAGUGAAACUAGUGAAAGCGCACACAGUUGCCUAGAGAACACCCGGACAGGGUCACAGAAGCAAAAUGGGCCCCUCCCGACUCCUCUCCUACCCUGCCCCGCCCACAAAGCAAAGGCCACGCCUUCCUGGUGGAUGGUGGGCAGCGGGUGCCGGGUGCCCACCCAGAACUCCAUGUGGUUCCCUGAGGGACCCGUGGCGUCAUCCGCCACCAGUUCGUCGGAUUCUGCCGAUGCUUUCAGGAGGCUGAUUAAACAGAGAACAAGACUGGCGGGGGAAAUGAGAGGCUUUUGAACGUGGGGACUUUUGUCUGCCGCUUUACACAAAGCUAGACAAUGGACUUCAGCAAACAGAUGGACAUCAUCAACGCCGCCGCCUUACCGGUGAUACCCAUGGCGGAGCAGCGGGCGGCCUCACUCAGUGCCUGGAAGGCGAUGGAGCGUGCUCUGAGGAAGGGCUUAGAGGAGCAGCUGUCCACGUGCCUCAUCGGGUCCAUUCCCCAGGUGAACUGGAAGAUCGCCGAGAUGGACCCGAAUCCCGACCCCAUGGCCAACAGCCUCGCAAUUGAGAGAUUUGAAAUGGAGAAGAAGGCUUUAAGAGAGAAAAGGCGCAGCAGCCCAGGAGACAGAGCCAAGAGAGAGAGAAAAGCACCGUACUGCACAGGCGUGGCCCUGAGGGUGACCAGCUCCUCAAUUAUGAAAAGGAAAACUGCAGAUAAAAAUCUGCUGGCUGAGCUGUACCAGCCCCCCAAAUUUAAUGACAGCAGGCCCAAUGAGCUCCCCAAUGGGGUGAACUUCUGUGACAUGGUGGGCAAUGUGGUCCGUGCUGAGAAAAACCCGCUGACUGGCAAGUCUUUGUGUUCAAAUACAGAAUUGGAGAAGUUUCUCUCUUCUCCGGCUACCAAAGCGAUAUGGCUGGAUAGCUUUUGGUGGAUAUUUCAUGAUAUAUACCAGCCGAACAGGGAGACUCAGAACAAGCUGUUUGACCGGAUUGCGCGAUAUUACACCUUCCUGCUGUCUCUCCGGCCCAGGUCCCACUAUGAAGAGGCGCUCUUUAAAAGGCUGCCGUCUCUGCUGAGCAAAGCUAUGUACACCAGCUUCUGCUGCUGCUUCCCACACUCCUGGUUCAACACUCACGAAUUCAAAUCCCACAUCUGCAACACCAUGAGCCUGUGGGUCUCAGGGAUGUACCCGUGCCUGCAGAGCUACCACAGCUGGGACUACUCUGUGCUGGAUCCCGAGAGAUUCCGGGUGGAAGAGCUAAUCUCGCAGAAAAGACGACCCCCGAUAAAGGACCAUCAUCAUCGUGAGAUCCUGGUUUUGAGGAAAGCUACAAAGCAAGUCAAGAUGAUAUCAGAAGCGAGAGACUAUGAAAAGUUUUUUAAACAGUCUCACCCGGCCUGCAGAAGCCCUCCGCUGACCUCACACCUCUUCAACAUUCACGGGCACAGCCCUCUGGUCGUGCACUUCCUGCAGAACUACUCCAGGCUGUGCCAGAGCGGCCAGGAUGUGCUGAUAACCCGGAGGGAGAGGACCACGCUCAUCCCUGAGACCACUCCGACCUACGCCGACAUCAUCAGCCUGGUCCUGAGCAACAUGAAGAAGCGCAGGAGGAACCUGGAGGAGCUGAGCCAGCUCCACUGCAGCGAGUGGACCUACUUUGACAGUCACGUGAAGGAGCUGCGGGACCACUGCCCGAGGGCUCCAGCUGCAGGAGGAGACCGGGCUGCACCGCACAGGAGCCGGAGGAGGAGCCCGUUGGGUGCCUGAGCCAGAGGAGCCAGGAUUCAAAUGCUUCCUGCAGAGCCCUGUGUGCAGCGCACGUGACUGAUCAGAACCCCACGAUCAAUGGCGUCCCACACCUGCCUCUGUCACAGAAGCUACAGACUCCUUAGCAGUGCAAGAUGUGAGCUGAAGUCUGUGUAGGCUUCAAAUCACAAGAAGUGAAAUACAGAAAAUAUGACAAGUUAGGUGCAGCGGUGUGUGCCUGCAGUCCUGGCUGAGGCUGAGGCAGGAGGAUCACUAGAAUCCAGGCCAACCUUACACACAGUAGUGAACAAUUCUCAUUCCCUCUCUUCACUCUGUCCCUAUCACAGCACAUACUAGUUUUCUACAGUCACAGCAAGAACAAAUACAAGUUUCUACUUUUUUUUUUUUUUUUUUUGAGACAGGUUCUUGCUAAAUUGCCCAGGGUGGUCUUGAACUCGCCAUUUCCUGCCCCAGCUUCUCUAGUACUGGCAUUAGAAGUAUGAUCUACCAUGCCUGGCCUCUGUUGUUUUGGUUUGGUUUUUUGACCCCACUGCAAAUAGAAACAAGCUCCGAAGCACUACAAAGAAGCUGCAUCAGGAGACCCUAAAAGUGGGACUAUUUUUUCAACAGUUUCUUCUUUUGACUUGGGAACAGACCCCAUCACAGUUGACUUAGUCCAAGUCCAAUGCUAAGGGUUUAGUUCUGUUUUGGACUUUUGUUGUACUGGGGAUUGAAUCCAAAGUCUUCACACUGAGUAUAUCAGCAGUCCUUCAAAGAAUGUUUUUGCGACAGGAUCUCUUAAGUAGCCCAGGCAAGGCUCAAACUUGUGAUCCUCCUGCUUCAGCCUUCCCCAGUGCAAGAAUUACAGGUGGUGCCACCAUAUCUGGCUUCAAUGCCUGUUCUUUAAUACUGGUCAUUUUACCUGUGGAACAGAAGUAGAUGACUGCAUAGGUUCUGUUUGUUUCUUGAAACAGGCCCAGGCUGGUUUCAAAGCCCCAGAUUCUAGUGAUCCCCCUGCCUCAGCCUCCCCUGUAGCUGGGACCACAGGCAUGUGACACUAUGCCUGGUUUAUGACAGCAUCUUCAGUCACUGUCGUACGUAUUAUUUACUAUUUUGUCUGUCUUGAAUACCACUAACCUGCUUCUUCAUGAAGAAAUGUCUCUCACAUCUCAAGAGCCACCUGACAAAUCGCCCCAUCCGGCUUUCCCAUUGUGCACCCCGAGCUUCACAAACACCCCACUGGGAACCUUCUCCUGUAAUGGCAGCAGCUGCUCGGGGUCACUUCCUGGGUGCCAGGCACUGUGGGACACACUUGACCUAUCGUAAUGCAGUGCUUGCCACAGCGCUAAGUUCUGUUACCAUCAUGCCAAGUAUGGCAGCAUGGAGAGGUCACACAGCACGUGGCAGGGCCCGGCUUGAACUCGGCUGUCUUCAAAGCUCUCGGGUACCUCAGCCUUCUCCCGGGUCAUGGGCUCCUUGCCCAUCUCUGUGACCUGACUUUAUGGUCCUUGGGUCCAAGGAGCCUUUCUCUCUCUCUGGGGUCUGAUAUCAGUGACCGAUUCACAGUCAUAUGCUCAGCUGUGCCAGCCCGGUGUUCUUGGAAGACUAAUUAAUGAACCUGCAAAUAUUUGCCCGAAAAGAUCUUGUGGGCAUGCUGGUGCAUGCGUGUUAGCCCAGCACUUGGAGGCUGAAGCAGAAAGAUGGUUGGGAGUUUGAGGCCAGCCUAGGCUACAAAGUGAGUUGUAGGCCACCCUGAACUGCAUAGCGGGACCAAAACCCCCACACUGAGUCUUCAGUGUUUUCCAGCAGGUCUUUGAGUUCCCCCCAUGAGGUUAGGAAUAGCAGGAAGAGAGCAGCAGAUGACAGGCAGGCCAGUCACAGUCACCCUGCCCUCCUCCUCACCUUGCACUAAGCAGUUGCCUCAAAAGGAAUGUUAAGAAACUGUUGCAGAGAAAUGGCCUUUUCAGGUUUGGGAAAAUGACACAAUUGUAUAUAUAUAGUCCAUAAAUAAAUAUAGAAUUUCAUUUAGUAUAUACGAAGAAAACAAUGUAGCCUCUAACGUUUUAGGAAUUUUUGCUGCUGUUUGUUGUUGCAGGAUCAUUAAAAAGGUGCAUAUUCACUAUUUUUCUCACCUUUAUUCAAAGUCACUUUGGAAAGACCAAAAUCUGUCAGUUUAAUAUAAUCCUUAUUAGAAAUCAGCAUAUUGUCUGGUUACAAAUCCCUGCAUGGAAAACAAAAGGUGACUAGGUAACUAAAGAAAAGACUAGUUUUAUUUUUUAACUUUUUGGGGUGUUUUUGUUUUUGUUUUUCUGUAGCAGGCUCUUGCUAUGUAGUUCAGGCUGGCCUAGAGCUUACUAUGUUGCCUGGCUGGCCUUGAACUCACAACAAUCCUCCUGCCUCAGCCUCUUGAGUGCUUGGAUGACAGCAUGCACCACUGCACCCAGUGAAAAUCCAGGUUCAAUGUUAAAAUAUCUAAGGAAAAAAAGUCACAGAAGAGGCAAAUUCUGUUUAUUUCCUCUAAAAUAAAUGCUUUUAUUGGUGGGGUUGCAAAGAACAGGAGAACUUUCUUUCUUUCUUUCUUUCUUUUGGUACCAGGGAUCAAACUCAUGACCUCACACUUGCCAUGCAGGUGUGUAGGCUGCUGAGCUAAAUUCCUGGCCCAACAAGACAACUUUCAAAAGCAGCUCUUUGGUACAUCUGACUCCACAAAAUGUUAAAUGAUUUAAGAUGAUUUGUGACACUGUUAGAUUUUUCUAUUAAAACAAAUAAAUCACAUUAAAUAAAACAAUCCACAAGUCAGUUCAAAA